AGAACCUACUUUCCUUCCUGUAAUCAGAAAAACGAUUAUGAACAAAUGUUUAAUAAACCGAGAACACAUUUGAAUCAGGUUAACGUCUAGGCAUUAAAAGCAUGUAUUUGAAAUUAAAACACGAAUGCAAAGGCCUCUGUGCCACCCUCCCAAACACGAAACCAAUGCUAUGCGCGCACACAAAAAUAGUGCACCUCCGCGCUAAACGCGGGGACUUUUUCUGCAGGGAUUUUCGGCGCCGAUGAGAAGGCGUUUGAAGUAAAACCGGCUUGGUUUGAAAGGAAAGCUCCCCAGCAGAGGAGCGCAGGGCGGCCGAUACGGUACCAAUACGACGGACACGAUGUCCUUGGUUGAUUUGGGAAAGAAGCUUUUAGAAGCAGCACGAGCAGGCCAAGAUGAUGAAGUUCGUAUAUUAAUGGCAAAAGGAGCUCCUUUUACCACAGAUUGGCUAGGAACUUCGCCAGUGCAUCUAACAGCACAGUAUGGACACUACUCAACAACGGAGGUUUUAAUUCGGGCAGGUGUCAGUAGAGAUGCCCGUACAAAAGUUGACAGGACUCCUCUUCAUAUGGCUGCAUCUGAGGGGCAUGCAAACAUUGUAGAAGUUUUAAUUAAGCAUGGUGCUGAUAUUAAUGCCAAAGACAUGCUAAAAAUGACUGCUCUUCACUGGGCCACAGAACACAAUCACCAAGAAGUCGUUGAACUCUUAAUAAAAUAUGGUGCAGAUGUACAUAGCCAAAGCAAGUUUUGUAAAACUGCUUUUGACAUCUCAGUAGAUAAUGGAAAUGAGGACCUUGCUGAAAUUCUUCAGAUUGCAAUGCAGAACCAAAUUAAUACAAAUCCAGAAAGUCCAGACACUGUGACGAUACAUACAGCUACACCACAAUUCUUUAUUGGACCUGGAGGAGUAGUGAACCUAACUGAUGACAACGGUGUAUCAUCAACUGUUCAGUUUGGCAAUUCAUCAACAUCUGUUUUAGCUACAUUAGCUGCUUUAGCCGAGGCUUCUGCUCCUCUGUCCAAUUCUUCUGAAACACCAGUAGUGGCCACAGAAGAAGUGGUGACUGCUGAAUCAGUAGAUGGAGCAAUCCAACAAGUUGUUAGCUCAGGAGGCCAACAAGUCAUUACAAUAGUUACAGAUGGCAUUCAUCUUGGCAGUCUCCAGUCUGCGAUUCCAAACAGUGGCAUGGGUCAGCCAAUUAUUGUAACAAUGCCAGAUGGUCAGCAAGUGCUGACCGUACCAGCGACAGACAUUGCUGAAGAAACUGUAAUCAGCGAAGAGCCUCCCACUAAAAGGCAGUGCAUUGAGAUCAUUGAAAAUCGGGUUGAAUCUGGAGAAAUUGAGAUUCCAGAAACUUCUGGAUCAGAAUACUAUAUUGUGAAUACUCAAGAGUUCUCUCAGGAAAGAGAAACACUUCAGAAGCAACUUGAUGACGCCAACCGGGAAGCCCAGAAGUACAGGCAGCAGCUUCUAAAGAAGGAACAAGAAGCAGAUGCCUACAGACAGAAGCUAGAAGCUAUGACCAGAUUGCAGACUAACAAAGAAGUAGUUUAAGUAUCUACCCAGCAUGGACUCACUCGUUUUCAUUUGAAAAGAAGACAAGCUAUGCACUGUAUGGCUACAGAUGGAAACACAACCCAGCCCCUGAGAGAACCUCAGACUUUUAUAUGUCCAUGAAUUAUACAAAUGCUGGUGUUACCAUAGCCCCUCUUUGUGAGAAGUAUUUAAAAUGGAAAUACUGUAUAUACUCUGGAUCCCCCCCCCCCUUUUUUUUUUUUAAUUGUUGGCAUUUAAGUUGAUGCUGAUUUUCUGAAAGAUGCAGAAAUAACAUUCUAGGUGAUUUUUCUUUUCCAAUCUGUUUUUAGUAGAGAUAAAUUUGACAUGGCAAACUUGCCAAAGCUGUUUUGGUAAACCACGUGCACCCGUUUCUCAGACCGCAAUGCUUUCUACAAUCAGAUCAACAGGGCCUUUGACAUUGAUGUCUCCUAGUGGAAAUCGCUGUACAGCUUUUCAAUUUGUCUCUAUUUGAAAACUUUUUUUUUUUCUCCCAAGUAAGCAAAAAAUUUUAUAUCUUAUUUCCAGAACAUCCAGGUAGAUUAACUUGUAUAUGAAGCUAAUAUUUUUUAAAGAAAAAGAGAGAGAACUUUUUGUACAUACGCUGCAUGGUUUUGUAUAUUCUAACUGCAUACGUAAGCCUUGGUUAUCCUUCAACAAUGCACAACCCUCAAAUAUACACACACAUUGAAAGUUAA